AUGACAGCAGCGCUAAUCCACGCCGAGUUUGGAAAGGAUUGUGACCUGUACGCAGUCAUGGGUGUGACAAGAUCAGCCACUGAGAAAGAAAUUACUCGAGCUUAUCAUAAAUUAGCUCUAAAAUAUCAUCCUGAUAAACAACGGGGUAAUGAAGCUUCAUGUAUAGAAGCAAAAGGAAAAUUCCAAGCUGUGAGUGCAAUCCAUUCGAUUCUAAGUAACAAGGACGCCCGUGCUGUAUACGAUGAGUCAGGCACGAUUGUAUCGGACGAUCAGGAUGUAAAGUCGGCGUCGUUUCACAUGUGGACACAAUAUUUUGCGCGUAUUUUUCCUAAAGUAUCGAAAGAAGACAUUAAGACGUUUGAAAAGCAGUACCGGCACUCAGAAGAAGAGAGACAUGAUGUCAUGUCCGCUUACACCAAGUACAAGGGUGAGAUGCCGAAGAUUUUGGACACAAUCAUGUUGUCUACGGACGACGAUGAAGCACGUUUUGCAGAGAUGAUUCAAGAGGCUAUUGAGAUAGAGGAGAUAAAGCUUUUUCCGACGUGGCGCAAGUACGUGAAGGAGCAGUCCAAGCCGAAGAAAACGAAAAAAUCUCUAGCAGUGCAAAAAGAAAGCAAGCAAAGCCAAACACGUAGGGAGGAGUUGGACAGCACAGCGCUUAGUACUGAAAGGAAGUGCGAAUUUGAAUCGUUGCUUGGUAGCUUGGAGGCUAGGUUUACUAAAAAGGGCAAACAGUCAAAGCGGAAGGCUGUUUGCAGGACCAGGGCGAGCCCAGUGAAGAAGAGUUCAGUGCCGCCCAGAAGCGGCUAA